CAAAGUGUCAGGAACCUCAGCAAAACAUAAAACUUUUAUUUUUUUUCAUCUGAUUGAGUGAACAGUUCCUUAAUAGUCUCAACAUCGUCUUCUGUUGUCAACUGGAGUAAAGGAAACAUGUUUUGAUAUUAAGCCUACAUAAGUAGACUCGCCUACAGCUAUCAUAAAACAACACAAGCAAAUAUCGAGUUAUUAAUAGCCUACAGUGCAGGUUUCGGUUUCGUAGAGGCGUUGGAGGCGCAAGUGGCAGAAGAGAAAAGGGAGCAAACAGUUUGUUUACUCAAUUUAGAGGACGUACAAAUCAGAUUCCCAUAGGCUUCCUCCCUGACUACUUACUUGGCUGAGGGCCCCAAGGAGAGAUGGCUUCUUCAUGUGGUUCAGCUGCCCUCAGACUGGUACUGCUGGGCCCGCCCGGAGCGGGGAAGUCGACCGCCGCAAACGCCAUCUUGGGCCGAGACGUCUUCCCGGAGUGCGUCACCACGAAGAGCUCCGUGCAGACACAGAUCAUCGGCGGGACGAGCAUCUCGUUGAUUGACACCCCGAGGUGUCUGAUGAGUUCCACUCCGAGCGACGGCGGUGUGCCGAGCGGAGAAGACCUGGAGGAGUGUCUGCGCGCCGCGGCUCCGGGACCCCACGCGUUCCUCCUGGUCGUCCCCCUCGGGAGCCCUCUCUCCGCGGAGCUGACCGGAGCCGUGGAGUGGAUCGGACGGAGACUGGGCGAGGAGGCCCUGCGGACGACCGUGCUUUUGUUCACCAGGAGGGAGAGGGUCACCAGGCGGGAGUGGGACUGCUUCCUGUCGCGACAGGAGGUGCGGGACGUGAUCGGACGCUGCGGGGGAGGGUGCCACGCCGUCAACAGCAAGGCGGAGAUCGAAGCGAGCCAGGUGACGGAGCUGCUGGAGAAGGUGAGGGCCGUGGCGGAGAAGAGGGGAGGCGGGCACUACGCGACGGACGCGUUCCUGGCGGCUCGGAGGAGGAGCAAAGCGGAAAGGGAGGACGCGAGUGCCGUGGCGGGGAGAGAGGAGCGGAAAUGGGGGGAUAUGAGAAAAGAGAUGGAGAUGAAGCGACAGAUGAGACAGGAGGUGAAGAGAAGAGAGGAGGAGGACAAGAGGAGACGGGAGGAGGAGAGGAGAAAGAAGGAGCAGCUGGAGCUUCAGGAGAAGGAGAGGAGGAGGAAGCAGCGAGAGGAGAGAGAGAGAGUGCAGAGAGAGAGGAGGAGAUUGGAGGAGGAGAAGAACAGACAGCAGCAGGAGAAGAGGAGGCUGGAGGAAGAGGAGAGACGACAGGAGGAGAUCAGGGAGCGACUGGAGGAGGAGAGCAAGCAGCAGGAGGAGGUGGCCAGGAGACUAGAAGAGGAGAGCAGGCAGCAGGAGGAGGUGGCCAGGAGACUGGAGGAGGAGAGGAGGAAGCAGGAGGAGGAGACGCAGAGGCUGGUGUUGGAGAGGAGACGCAUUCAGAUGGAGCAGCUGAAGGAGAAGGAGGAGAACCAGCAGGUGGCCAGAGGAGGACGGCAGCAGCAGCAGCAGCAGGCUGAUGGUUGGAAAACAGCGGAGAGGUGCGCUGCAGUAGCGGGGGCCUUCCUGGCACCUUUUUUCAGACGCUAAACUUUACCGACAGACAGACAGACAGAGGGAUAGACACAGACAGACAGACAGACAGACAGAGGGAUAGACACAGACAGACAGACAGACAGACAGAGGGAUGGACACAGACAGACAGACAGACAGACAGACAGACAGAGGGAUAGACACAGACAGACAGACAGACAGACAGACAGAGGGAUAGACAGAGGGAUAGACACAGACAGACAGACAGGUACAUUUAUAGGUAGAAAGAUGCUUCUGUAUAGAUGUCUGGGCUGAUGAAUGCAUGAUUGGAGGGGUGAAUGCAUGAUUGGGGGGGAUUGAGGACUGCAUGGAAAAUGGACAGAAAGUUCCACAGAGAUUUAAACUUGAAACACAAGCCCCAUUGAUAUGGGCACGCUUAAAAAAAAAAGAAGAAGAAAUCGGGGAAAAAAAUGGCCUCACAUAAACACCUCAGGUGACCAGAUUCAGCCUGAUGUGACAAAAUGCUAAAUUUGGGUCCUUUUUGUAGACAAACUUCAGAGGUCUAUUGGACUGUCUAGAGAAGCUAACUCACUAGCCACUCUGUGGCUGUUAGCAUGUGGCAAAAUGAUAAUUCAAUGAUUUCACAACAAGGGAUAUGCGUUGGAUAAAAAAGUAAAUGGGCUAAUCUUACCUGCCAACUUUAUUCCUCUCGGGAAUCAAUCCGUUAUCUAAACUGUACGCCACUUUGGAAUUACUGAUAAAGUGCCCUGCUCAGCUUCGUAAAUCAACUGUCAAAUCCAGUGGAAGCGUAAAUUAUUAUGAAUAAAUGUAUAUUCAUCAUAUUUUGAAUUUUUCAACACGGUUUAUGUCAGUUGAGGAAUUAAUGGCGGGAGAGAAUUUUGUUUUAAUACUGUAAGUCACUUUAUAAUCUGUACGUUAAGUUCUAUGAUUUUUCUAGUUCUAUGUUGUGUUGCAUUGUGAGGCCCAGCCCGGUCAUGGGCACAUUUGUUGCUAUGGAACGUGUUGUUGAUUGUCGCCUCUUGGUAUAUACAUACUCUUAAUCCCAAUUCUCAAAAUGAGGAAGUGUUCAUGCUAUAUGACUUAACAUUGAAUUGAACUGCAUUACAUUUUUUGUCAGUAUGCCUCAGGCAACACUCCAUGGUGGCCUCGGCUACAUACUCGUGUCAUGGGCCUGUUGAUCUCUGCUGACAGUAGCUCCACAGCGCCCUCGCUGUUGCCCUGUGUAAACCAGUGGUCAGAUAUUGAACUGCGGCUAACCAACUGACAAACACAGAAGAGAUUCAGCGGUAUACUGUAAGAAACUGCUGGACUUAAGCAAGAAAAAAAGUUAUAUACUUUAAAAUACACUUCAACGACAUUAUGGAGUGACAUCACUGUUCUUAAUCUUUAAUUUUCUCUUCUGUUCUUAUCUAUUCUUCUAAAUCCUGUUCACAGUGUGUAAUCUAAUUGCCUAUAGGGUUUUUUUAUCUGAUGUUUAUCUACCUCGACACUUAAAAGUUUUUCCUGGAUUUUCUGGUAUCAUUAAUAAAAUAUAUUUUGAAGAAAAUAUUUCUGGACAGAAUGUAUUUCUUCCUAAUGUGACUGAGUCAAUACAUUGCCAUUAUUAUAACUCUAACUUGGUGGAAUCAGAGGAAAAGUGAAAUUCUAAACAAUCUGUGGUUAGGGUGAGAACAGUCUUUGAUGAUGA